AUGGCGGACGACGAGGGCCCCAAAACUUAUCUGCAGGGACUCCAGUUGGAGCAUGCGGAUGAGGGCCAGCUGCAAGACAUACAAAAUUCGCAUGCCCUAUCUAGUGACAUAAAAUCACUAGGCCGCCUAUAUUUUAUGAGCCCGCAACUCAUUGGAUGUGCUGCAUCUAUAAGUCUUGCUACUACUGCAAGUUACUGGGGAUUCUCCCCUCCAGCAGCUAUUUUGACGUACAUCAAUGAGGAUAUAGGUCCGACUCCAAAUUCGGCUUUGUUUUCAAUUGUCUGGACGACUUGUGCCGCAAUCUCGAUCAUUGUGUUUGGCCGUAUAUCAGACAAAUUUGGACGCCGGUACUUUUUGAUCAGUGCAUCAAUCAUGGGGUUUAUCGGAGGAAUAAUCGCAUGCACGGCGAAGACGAUGAACGUGCUCAUUGGCGCCAAUGUCUUACUCGGGUUAUCAGGAGGGGUGCACACUUGUUAUGGUCUAAUGAUGGGCGAAAUUAUGCCAAACAAGUAUAAACUCCUAGGUCUUGUUUUUAUCGCUGUUCCUUCGGUUAUUGCCACUGGAUUUGGUCCCUAUCUUAGUCUUAGCUUAUACUAUAACGCUUCCUGGAGAUGGUGCUAUUACAUUUAUCUCAUGAUAAUGGGCCCGGCUAUUAUUCUUCAAUUUUUCUUAUAUCGACCACCAGGUUUCCGAGAUCUGCACGGAUCUAACCGGACAUUGAUGGAUGAAGUAAAACGAGUUGAUUUUGUGGGCAUCUUUAUCUUGGUUGCCGGACUAGCUCUUUUCUUGCUUGGAAUAUCCUGGGGAGGUCAACCUCAGCCAUGGUCAUCGCCUAUGAUAUUAGGGCUCAUAAUCACAGGAGGUCUACUCUUAAUUGUUUUUGUUCUCUGGGAAAUAUUUGCGGGAGUCCCCAACCCAUUGGUCCCAAUGUACUACUUCCGGGAUCUGAGAGGAUUUGUCUGCUUGAAUAUUAUUUCGGCUGUUGCCGGUACUCUCUAUGUUUCUCUGAGUAUUCUCUGGCCGUCGCAGGUUGCAUACCUCUACACAUCCGAUAGUACAAACUGGCAACAGAAUGGUUGGCUAGCUACGACGAUUCAAUUUGGAGUUUGGGGUGGUAUCAUAAUCUUCGGGUCUGUAUUCCAUAUCGUUAAACACAGCCGCCUCCAAUGUGUCAUUCUUCUUGCAAUAUCAACGGCAUUUCUGGGAGCUCUGAGCUCAGUGAACUCCUCCAACCGAGCAAGCGCAGCGGCAUUUUCUUUCUUGGCAGCUCUCCCAGCAGGUGUUUUGGAGCUGAUCCCCGGAAUUCUCAUUCAACUCGAGGCGGACGAUGUAGAUCUGGGAACUGUGUUUGCCAUAAUCUUUUGUAUGCGAACUGCAUGGGGAUCAAUUUUCACAGCGGUCUUUGUGGCAAUUCUCAACAAUAAAACGCCAGUGGAGAUCGCAAAGCGCGUUCCAGAAGCUGCUAUCGCCGCAGGAUUGCCAGUGUCGUCGCUCACUGCUCUAUCCUCGGCAUUGGCUGCAGCCACCACCUCAGCCCUGGCCGCGGUUCCUGGUAUGACUAUUGCAAUCGAAGCUGCUGUUUCACAAGCUAUGUCUGAUUCAUACGCCGCGGCGUAUGCCUAUGUCUACUAUGCGGCGGUCGCUGUCGGAGCGACUGGGUUGAUAGCUGCUAUCUGCAUGAAGGACUAUGACUCCUUGUUUACUGAUCAUGUUGCUCGGAGAGUUGGGAAUCAAGCCCAGUACAAGAAUCAUGAUUCGUCUUUGAGAAACACAGACUCCGCUUCUGCUGAUGAGAAGACAAGUCCCAAUGCCCUUGUAUAG